UUGUCACUAACUUUAUUAACAUAUGUGCAAGAGCUGUAUACAAUGACUUGUCAGUAGUAGAGACGAAGCUGAUCAAGAGCUCGAUCUGAUGGAGUUUCUACAGCCAGAAGCAGCUGUAUCAGAGCCAGUGAGUCCUAAUGGACAAUACUUCAACAGCUCCGCGUUAUCAGUCACCAUUCUCGCUGUCCUCGAAUCGGAAAUCCCAAUUGAUGACUUGCCAACCACUUCACUCAUCAAGGAUGUCUUCUUACCUAUCAAUCCACGCUUUUCCUCCAUCAUGGUAGAAGACAAGAAUGGAAUGAAGAAAUGGAAAAGAGUUGAAGUGAAGUUAGAAGAUCAUGUACACGUCCCCAUUUUUCCAAAGAGAAUAUUGUCGACCCCAGAGUUGUACGAUGACUAUCUGAAUGACUACUUAGCAAAUAUAGCGAAGGAUCAACUUCCACAAAGCAGACCUUUGUGGGAAAUCCACUUAGUUACAUACCCAACAAGCAACGCAGCUGGGAGUUUGAUAUUUAAGCUUCACCAUGCACUUGGGGAUGGCUAUUCUCUAAUGGGUGCUCUUCUUUCUUGCCUCCAAAGAGCUGACAAUCCUUCUCUUCCCUUGACAUUCCCUUCACGUCAAUCCAACACUACCAAACUUGAAGCAGGUAAAUUUGACACCAUUUUUGGGUUCGUGCCUCGAGUUCUUGCCGGGGUCAUCAACACUUCUUUGGAUUUUGGAUGGAGUCUUUUGAAGAGCACUUGGCUCGAAGAUGACCAGACGCCAAUCCGAUCAAGUGAGGGAGUGGAGUUCCUGCCAGUUUCUAUAACUACUAUGAUAUUCUCUCUUGAUCACAUCAAAAAGAUCAAGGACAGCCUUAAAGUGACUAUAAAUGAUGUUAUUACCGGAAUAAUCUUCUUCGGGAGUAGACUGUACAUGCAAGAAAGAAACCAUGAUGUGGGCGAUACACAUUCUACUGCAAUUGUGGUGCUCAACACUCGGAGCAUCAAUGGGUACAUGUCCGUCAGCGACAUGGUCAAACCGGACACUGAGAUGCCAUGGGGAAACCAAUUUGCGUUCUUGCACGUGCCAAUACCUAAUCUAACCGAUGAUGACUGCUCUUCAAAUCCUCUCAACUUUAUCCUCAAAGCACAUCACGUUAUCAAAAGAAAAAGAAACUCGUCAGCAGUUCAUCUCACUGGUAGUCUAAUUGAGACGAUGAGGAAACUUAGAGGUGCUGAGGCCACGGCGAAGUAUGUCCAUAAAACUUUAAAGAACUCGAGUAUGGCAAUCUCGAAUCUGAUCGGGCCGGCAGAAGGAAUGGCUUUGGCGAAUCAUCCCAUCACUGGAUUUUACUUCGUAGGAUGUGGAGUUCCACUGAGUCUAUGUAUAACGAUUGUGAGUUACAUGGGAAAGCUAAGGGUUACUGUGAGUUCAGAGAAAGACUACAUAGAUCCCCACAAGUUCAACUCAUGCAUCAUGAAGGCCUUCCAAAUCAUUCAUGAAGCAGUAUAGUCCACGACCUAGCUAGCUCCAUCAUAUAAAUCUCUCUCAAAUCUUUGGACUCAGUACUUCACCAAUCACUAUUCUGCCAUUACAACAUGGUUUUCCUAUAAAUCACGUUUAAUGUUAAUUAAUUGAUGACGACAUCUUUCUUUGUUUAAUUUGGACGACUCUGUGCUGUGUUUCGUUGUGCUUGUAAUCUUACCAAUAAUAAUAAUAUGACAAUAUUAAGGGCUUAUUUGAACCUUACCUUAAA